AUGGAUCAGAUUAAUAAUACAAAGGAAUUUUUGCCUACUCCAGAAAACUCACCUAGACCUUUACGAUCACGUGCGCAGCGUUACAACCCUGGCCUGAUCUCAACGCGAUUAAACUACGAUGUUGAAAGUUUUCCCGGUGGGCCUCAUAUAACCAUCAAAGAAGACAAUGGUUAUCUACGGCCCAUCAAUGAGAAUGACUUUAGGAAAAGCCCGAGCAGUGACGCAUCUACUGUGCGUAAAGUUGAAGACCUUGGUUUCAGUGCAGCUGCCGCGACAUUCGACUUCGAAUCGAUAAAGGAAGAUGGUCGCCGCGCCCUUAAACGGCUUCUCAAAGAGCGUAAACCCUUUUUCAAUACCUCAAAUUCACCGAAGACCGCACGGUUUGAAUCGAUCCUUAGAGAACAGUUUGAAAAGAGUUUGAAAGACAGCGAACCAGAUGCGGGCGAAUAUCUUCCUCUCGAUAUGUUUAGAAAGAUAUUCAACCCUGAAUCCAUAAUGCUGCUUUUGCAAGAGAGGUAUCACUCUGCCUCGGAAGACGAGUUGUUGGAAAAAUUCCAGGACAUCAUCAGCGAAAACCCAAAGGAGACUCGAACGCGGAUUUUGGGCAUCCUUGUAGCGAUUGAGCAGCUCAGUCAUUUUGAGGAGUUCAUAGAUUUAGAGAUAUGGGACAACGACCUACCGUUUAGGGAAUCAAGAGAGUCGACUCCGAAUCCCAAGUCCAGGAUACUUGAUGGAUGGAGCCGAAACGAGCGUCUGCUAUUUUAUGAGAACCAGAGGGUCUUCUUUGUUCCUUUUUUCGAUAUUCACGAGAAUGGAGUGUGCUCUUAUGAGCUUGACCGCGGAACAAGGCUUCCCUGGCUCUCUAUAGAGACCAAGUCAACUGGUGGCACGGGACUAGUUCACCAAGUUGAGAUUCACCCUAGUCAUCACAACUUCUCCAAAUCUGGAUCUACAGAAAAUCCAAAGUUUGCGCUGAAAGAGAUAGAUGCGUCGGAGCAGCGUGCAUAUAGGAAAGAGCUCCACGCGCUAGAAAAGACGUGCGCACACGCACAAACAGAAAAUCAUUUGAUCAAACUUCUGCUUACUUUCCAACAUGGUAAUACAUUCUACCUGCUCUUUGAAUGGGCAGAUGGGAAUCUUCAACAAUUCUGGGACAAGAACACAUUCAUUGAGCGGACCCCUUCAAAUGAGUUAUGGGCAGCUCAGCAAUGCCUUGGCCUGGCGAGAGCAGUCAGUCGGAUUCACGGACUUAGUUCGUGGCAUGAGAUAAGGAGGAAAAGGAAGAGGUCAAACUCCAUCGAAUCCCAGAAUCAAGACAAAUCCGAAUGGGGAAGGCAUGGAGAUAUCAAGCCCGAGAACAUAUUGUGGUUCGAGGAACAUGGGACUCUUCGGAGACACCUAGUAAUCUCUGACCUGGGGCUUGCGCGAUACCACACUGAAUUCUCAAAAUCACUAGUUCCUCGAGCACUAAUUGAUGGUAUAACGUGGGGCUACCGGGCACCUGAGGUAGACUUCAGGGAAUCGAUAUCCCAGAAAUACGAUAUCUUCUCUCUGGGUUGCGUAUUCCUCGAGUUCUGCGUUUGGUACUUGCAAGGGUCACAACACGUGGUAGAUUUUGGUUUCGAGCGGGAGGAUCAAGAUGAGCCACUAUUCGAUGAUGUGAAAAAAGAUCAAUUCUUUUGCAUGAAAGGCGAUGGUAGCACCAUUGAGGAUGCAUGUUUGAAAGAGUGCGUACAAGACCGAUUGUCUGAACUAAAAGAAGGGACUAAUUUUACGAAGGGAAUGGCUGGCGUGAUUGAGGAAAGAAUGCUCCGCUGCAAUCCAUCAGAACGAUCGAGGAUUGAUCUUAUACGCGUCGAUCUCCAGCACCUUGUUGCAACAUUGAAAAUAUCACUUAUUGAGCAAAGUCCACAGGACUGGCCUCAAUUAUCUCCCAGUCCAAAUUUAUCUCCGUUGUCGGAUACGAACAACGCAUUGCGCAGGUACUCCUCGCAUUUAACACUUGACAGUCGAGAAGAGAUUUUAUCGAUCGAAAGAAGUGACAAGAACGGGGCCAUAUCACCCCGAUCCGAGCAAACACAACCCGGAGACUAUGAGCAGGACGAGGAUCACAGUGACUGUGAUGAGAUCUUCAUGGAGCCCAUGACCACCGCUACGGAGCCAGCCGUAGAAGGUAAGUUGCUACAGCCGGAGGUUCAGGAAGUAUCGGUGACCCCAUCAUCAUACUCUAUUGCUGAACCACAGGCCACACAAGAGCCUCAAGAACCCCCUACUACACAGAAACAGACGAUACAUUUCGGAGGUGACCAGGUUAUACCCAACAGGCUAUCAAAAACAACACGGUUCAGGCAUGCCAGGACCAAGUCAAAGCAAUGGGCCCGGGAAACUUGGAGCGGUGUCAGAGGUGUUUGGAAAUGA